ACUUGACAGACACUCGACCACUAUUCACUCUUACAAGUCAAAUACAAUCAAGACAACUUCCUUCUUUCUCAAAGCUAUUGCAAGUGCAGAGUUUACGACAAAUACUUCGUCUCCAUCAUUUCCAGAAAGCAACAAUGGCUGAGCCACUUACCGUCGAUUCUGUAGCCGCUAUUCAGGCAAUGAUCCAGGAGCUACACAUUCGAGCCGAAGGCGGAAAUUCUAUCGACGAAGAGACCCUUGCCCUUCGAAUGCUUGCUGUCACCAGUGCUGAGCAUGAUUAUGAUCUCUCGCAGGUCAGGCGUCUUGAUGACGGGCAGGCCCCUGGCCCAGUCACCGCCAGUGCCGACGGAGAUGACAAGUUCAAUCAGCUCGCAGAGCUCAUGAUGGGCAACACCAAGACCCCAGACCAGCAACUUGCGGAGGGCAAGGUCCCCACGACUAGCCCCGUUGUCGUCAUGGACCCUUACUCCAAGGAAAAUGCUGGAUCCAACUUUGCCACCCUCAAAGACGCCCAUUCCAUGAUCCAGCUAUAUUCGAAUCUCAUGCAAGUCCAGCAGAAGCCUACGGGAUUCAACAUCACAUCCGAAGCAGCGUCUGGGUUCGCCUUUCAAGCUAGGCAAGCCUACAAUGCUAUGAUGGGUCCUCUUGCGGGCUACUACAAUUUCUCCCUUGGCUCUGUACAGAAAUAUAGCAACCAGCUCGAGCGCAACCAGAUUCAUGACGACUUUCUUGGCAAGGUCUUUGACGGAUUUGGGUUCGACAAGGCCACUCUAGCUGCUCUGGACACCAAGCUGACGACUUUCGUCUCUGCUAUCAAGGGCAUCAAUCCUGGCGGCACACAGCCGUCCACCUGGGACUUUUCCCAGAUGCUUGGCCUGUGUCCCAAGCUCAACAUUACAGGCGAUGACUCCGACCCCGAAUGGGUAUUCAACCCCACCACGUUCCUCUUGUAUAUGCAGGUCGACGCCAAGACAUUCCGCGAGAGCGUUAGCAAGAACAACUCGGUCGACAAGGUCAAUUUCAAUUUCCAGCUGACCGUGACCAAGUGCGAGCUCAACAUCCGCCGUUUCGAAGCUGACCGGCUCAAGUUUGACAAGAUGUUCAAACUGGUCACCAACCACAACCUCAGCGCCUACAGUGACCUGCUGAAUCAGCAAAUCGAGCAGAAGAACGAUCUCGCCAACCCGAAGUAGUAAACAUGUUGUUAAGGACGCAGUAUGCUUUGCAUGUAUGUAGGCAGUCAGUACCUAGAACGAAAUACAUCUUCGUUGUUUGAUACGACUGUACGUGAAGUUUCCGUGGUCAGUGACACUUCGCCAAUGUGUGCU